UUACCUACCUCCACUCUUUUUUUAUACAAUACAGUGACCACCUUAUCUUUUCAUCUCUCCCCACAACCACCAUUUGUUCUCCACAUUACCAUCGUCGACAACCAUGCCUAAAUCAUCCAAUUACGAUGGUCUAACCACCACGGACUACGCUUUCACCGAUAAAAACAAAAAAGCUCUUGAGUUCAUUGAGGAUGUGACCUCUAGACCUGACCAAGUCCAACAACAAAUUUUAACCGAAAUUCUCACCCAAAAUGCCACUGUUGAAUACCUCCAUCGCCACGGUCUCUCCGGCCACACGGACCGUGAAACAUUCAAGAAACUUGUUCCGGUUGUCACCUACGAAGAUCUCCAUAACGAUAUCACUCGUAUCGCCAACGGCGAUAAAUCCACCAUUCUUUCAUCCCAUCCCAUUUCUGAAUUCUUUACAAGCCCUAGUGAGGUUGCGUACACACUCAUACCCACCAUGGCUUACUUUGAGUUCCUUCCGGUUCAUCGUACCGCCAGCGGUGUAACCACGGAAAGUGAAAAGGAAAAUCCACAAUUGGUCGAUCUUGCGGACGUGAAACUCGGCCAAGAAUAUGAACUCGUGGUCACGACUUAUGCCGGUCUUUAUAGGUAUAGAGUUGGUGAUAUUCUUAAAGUUGUCGGAUUCAAGAACAAAGCUCCUCAAUUCAGUUUCAUCUGUAGAAAGAACGUGGCAUUAAGUAUUGAUUACGAUAAAACCGAUGAAGUUGAGCUGCAUAAAGCAGUCGAGAACGCAAUUAACCAUUUAGUCCCGUUUAGUGCGAUCUUGACCGAAUACACAAGCUAUGCAGACACGACCACGAUCCCCGGUCACUAUGUCAUCUUUUGGGAGGUUAAUGAAAAUGGGUCGACCCCGAUACCCGUCUCUGUGUUUGAAAAUUGUUGUCUUACUAUCGAAGAGUCGUUGAAUAGUGUUUAUAGGGAGGGUCGGGCUUCAAGUAAUACAAUAGGAGCGUUGGAGAUCAAGGUUGUCGAAAACGGGACGUUUGAUAAGUUGAUGGAUUAUGCAAUAAGCUUAGGAGCUUCGAUUAGUCAGUACAAGACUCCAAGAUGUGUGAAGUACCAGCCAAUCGUGGAACUGCUAAAUGCAAAUGUGGUUUCGAGCUAUUUUAGCCCGAAGUGCCCAAAAUGGUUUCCGGGCCACAGGCAGUGGACCGAUUAACUAAUUCAGGCCCAAAAUGUUUGUUUAGACAAUUUAAAAUCUCUGAAUCUUGUGGUGUUUGGUGUUUUCUAGUGGGUAGGGUCAUGGUGUACGUACAAAAGCAAUUUAAGAAUCGAACAUCAUUUUCGUCUUUAAA